AUGCCUCGGAAACCCACACCUGCGGGCAAGCAGAGGGUGAGGACGGGCUGUCUGACCUGCCGCAAAAGACGACGAAAAUGUGAUGAACAGAAGCCACGAUGUGCCAACUGCGAGGUCAAAGGAUUAACUUGCAAGUAUGGUGCUGAUUUGGCAUUCGUGCCGCCUCGGUCUAGUGAAGCUGGUGUUGGGACGAGACAGGUGUAUGGCACCAUUACAUUCGUUGAUGACUCUCCAGCUGCACGUGGAGCAGCGAAAGAGAAAUCACAACAGUCUAGCGACGACGCGUCAGAGGUGCGAACCAGUAGUUACGCAAAAUCAGAGAUUUCAAAUCCGGGCGAUACCACUGUAUAUCACAAUCCGCCGGAAACUCGCGCUACUUUGGACUUGAACGACAUACUCACCUCAAGUAUUCCGGUCGAACUGCAUCAACGACCUUCGUCAUUUCAGCAUCCGUCGACCUCCCUCAAUCGAACGAACAGAUCAUUCAACCAGGGGUUUAAUCUUUCGCUCCUUGGUCAGAUAUCGCCUCGAACGACAACAUUAUCCAGCAGCAAUCAUGAAACAGACUUGCUACGACAUUUCCGUUACCAUAUUGGCCCUUGGAUCGAUGUUGGAGACCCCGACUGCGCUCUAGGAAUUCAGGUUCUUCUACUGUCUCGUACGAAUAGGCCGCUGCAAGCAGCUAUCCUAGCCUUGUCUGCGAGCCAAAGACCACUCAUUGCCGUGCCUUCCCAGAUUGAAGACCUCGAUAGCAGCCUUCGCUUUCGAAAAGAAGCAGAGGACACUCUUGGUCUACAACCAGAAUUGAUUGGGCAUGCUGGACGAGCGCUACUGCUCCUGCAAGAUCUCCUACCGCUUGGGCUGCAGCAUUGGAGGGAUCUCCUCGUACCACAGAUAGAGACCGUGGAUGGCCUAGUGCACCCAGCCACAUUGGGAGAGGAGCUAGGCGAAGGGGUUUUCUGGCUCCAUUUCAGACUCGACCUCGCUGCAUCGAUCCUCGCAGCGAAACAACCCAUCAUUCCUUUCCGCUCGUACAUCAACCGUGACGGCUCAACGAAUCAAAAUCCCCAUCCUACCCUCCAGUCCCGAUCUAUCAACCAAGUAUACAAACACGCUCUAUCUCUUCUAGGUCACUGCCUGUCUCUCAUAUAUGGAGGACCCGACGCAUCUCUUCCCCAAGCUGCGACUCCCUCGGAAUUCGCCGCGUUCCCUGCCUUGCAGCAGUCUCACUUUUUAUCGCAGUGGACCUUUCUCUGGAGCGACUGUCAGAAAUGGUACAAUGAACGUCCUGUUGAUGCACAGCAGAUUGUUGACGUACGCGGUGGCGAAGCAGAUCAAAUUGAUCCAAAUCAUGACUCGGCAUUGCCUAUUCUGAUUUAUACUACGCCAAUGGCGCUGGUCGCCAACGCUGUAUAUCACAUCACCUCGCUUCUGCUCUUGGGACAUAAACCUCGACUGCUAAAAUCCUUACCGGGACCACGAUGCUUCACGUCACACAUCUGGCACGCACAAUCAAUUGCCGGCAUUGCAGCCAGUAACGAAUCACCCGAGCAAUGGGACCCUGUGCUCGUCGCGAGUCUCUUGCUAAUUGCGCGGGAUAUGACCCACCAGUCACAGCAGACAGUAUUGAUGGGGAUAUUUCGCAAGAUCACUGCUACCACUGGGAUUAAGUUGGACCACGAGACAGAAGCGCUUCAAGCCGUGUGGAAGACUGCACGAUUUGAUGAGGAUUCAGAUGAGAUGGAUAUGUAA